AUGGAAGCGGCAGAAGCACAACCGUUGAAGGAAAAGAAGGGCUUGAAAACGGUCUGGAGCAGGAUCAAGGAUUUCUUUAGAGAAAAACCCACCGCCACACCAAACUCUCCAUCUGCCACUGCUACACCAUCUGUUCCCGCUCCUUCUAUCGCUGCACAGACAAAACGAGCUGCAGAGGCAUUCACCUCCCCAGAGACAACGCCACUGAGCGUUGACGACAGGAAACCUCCAACGGCGCAUGCGCAUGAGAAGGAGGUGGACGAAACAUUCAAGGAACCCGAACAGCCCACCGAACUUGUCUCGACGUCGCCGCAAGAAGCGGCUGAUGCCAAGAAGGCCGCUACGGCCGAGUCACACAUGCGGUUCACCAAAGCACAAGCAAUCUUUGCCAGACACAACCUGGAACUGGACGAGACAGAAUGGGAACCGAGGUACAGAGGACCCCCAGAAAGGGUGUACAAGAACAUACGAAUGAGGGUCAGAUACACCUGUCACAAUUGUUCAACAACGUUUGGUCGCGAUAGAAUCUGCAUGGGAUGUCAACACCGACGUUGUACCCGAUGCUCACGCUACCCGCCAAAGAAAGAUCGCACGAAAUAUUCGCAAGACCCUACGAGCACUGGCUCUCCAGAACUCAUCCCUGAAGCCCCUCGAUCAGGAGCCGAGGGCGGAACGUGCCACGAGUGUCAGGGUGGUUUUGAAGUUGAUGCUGAAGAAUGUCCUAACUGCCAUCACAAGAUCUGUGAGAGAUGUCUGCAUGAAGCCACCAUUACUGUCGAACCGGGUCACCAAGCUGCUCAAGAAGCAACUCAAGAAGCGUCCGGGGUCGCACAACCUCACCAAAGGAACCCCAGCCUACAAGAAUCAUCAUCUAUCAGCUAA